CCUGAGAAUGUGAAAUAUGUAGAAAAUUGAGUAUAACCACUCUGUUUACUUCAGUAUGAGGUGUUUAAAGGGCUGAAGGUAGAGGUUGGUGCAGCAGCAGGAGGUUGUUUGCAUGACUUGUAAAACCAGCCCGUCUCUGAACGCUCUGUCUGUACACAUGGUAAUUACCCGCAUGAGCCAGGCUGAGGGCGGUGCCUGUCUAAGUCUCAAAUAGCCUGGCGCUGAGCUGAGGCAGGGACUUAUUUGCCUGUGGCUGCAGGAGAGGCAGGUUCAGAAGUUGUUCUGAAGUUGUUCAGGAUGUUCUUCUGCCUGAUUUUAUUCUCGUAUCUCCUCUAAAAACCUCGUCGUCCGUUUACCUGCAGCUAUGAAAGUGAUGUUGUAUCGCUGUGAACUGAAGAUGUGUUUGCCCAACAGGCGUGAAGAUGGCACGACCAUGAUCAGUGGCAGCGAUGGCACCUCGAAGUUCGAGAGGAGGAGAACAGCGACCACGCCAAAGACGACAGCAACAGCAAAGAAGAAGGUGCCAGAAUCCUUCCACCUCCUAUCCGCCGUGGUGGUCUGGCUGGUGACGGGGACCACCAUAUCCAGCCUGAACAAAUGGAUCUUCGCCGUCUACAACUUCAGGUACCCGCUGCUGCUGUCAGCUCUGCACAUGCUGACCGCCAUAGUGGUGGACUAUGGCCUGAUCAAGUACUGGUUCGUCCGGCGCAGAGGCCUGGACGAGCACGGCCUCACAUCCAGCGCCAAGUGCAAGGUGUUCCUCCUGAGCCUGACAUUCUGCGCCAGCAUUGCGUUUGGCAACGUGGGGCUCAAUUAUGUGCAGCUCUCCUUUGCCCAGAUGAUCUACACCACCACCCCCAUCUUCACGCUGGCCAUAUCCUCCCUGGUCCUCGGGAAGCAGCACCACAUCCUCAAAUACACGGCCAUGAUGCCCAUCUGCCUCGGGGCGUCCUUCAGCAUUAUGGGCGAGGUCCAAUUCGACCAGACCGGCUGCUUGUUCGUAUUCGCCGCCACAAUGCUACGUGGCGUUAAAAGCAUCCAACAAAGUAUCUUACUCCAGGAGGAGAAGAUCCAUUCAGUGUUCCUGCUCUACCUGAUGGCCAUCCCCAGUUUCUGCAUCCUGGCCGUGGCGGCUCUGGUUCUGGAGAACUGGGCCGGCCUGCAGUCCCCUCUUCACUACGACCGACACCUCUGGGGCUUCAUCCUGCUGAGCUGCCUUGGCUCUGUUCUCUACAACCUGGCCAGCUGCUGCGUCAUCAGCCUCACCUCCGCCGUCACGCUGCACAUCCUGGGGAACCUCAACGUGGUGGGCAACCUGCUGCUCUCCCAGCUGCUCUUCGACAGCCAGCUGUCCACCCUGAGCUGUGCCGGCGCGGCGCUGACCCUGUCCGGCAUGAUCAUCUACCAGAACUCCGAGUUCAUCGCCGGCUUUCUGGACGCCCGCUGGGACCGCAGACGAGCAGUCCGGGAUUCAGAACAUGAUUCAGAGCCUAAACCUCCUCUAGAACCUCCUCCAGAUCUGUCCUCUGAAGAGGGUCAGUCUGAAGAACCAUGCACAGAACUGGUUGAUGACCUAGAACCAUAUCUGGACCUGGAACCCAGUCCAGAAACAUCUCAAGAACCUCAACUCAACUUAGAACCCUCUCCAGAAACAUCUCAAGAACUGUUCAGUGAUGUAGAACUCUUUACAGCAUGUUCAGAAAUGCACCAUGAGUUAGAACACUCUGUAGAGACAUCUCUAGAACCUCAGCAUCACUUAGAACCUUGUCUAGGAACAUCUCCAGAACCUCAACAAGACAUAGAAUCCUGUCCUGAAACAUCAUCAGAACCUCAGCAUGACAUAAAACCUUGUCUAGAAACAUCUCUAGAACCUCAACAGAACUUAGAACCCUCUCCGGAAACAUCUCAAGAACUGUUCAGUGAUGUAGAACUCUUUACAGCAUCUUCAGAAAUGCACCAUGAGUUAGGACACUCUUUAGAAUCAUCUCCAGAACCUCAGCAUCACUUAGAACCUUGUCUAGAUACAUCUCCAGAACCACAGCAUGACUUAGAACCUUGUCUAGAACCAUCUCCAGAACUCCACAAUGAUGUUCAACCCUGUGAAGAAACAUUUACAGAACCUCCCAAUAACUUUGAACCCUGUCAAGAAACAUCAUCAGAACCUCAGCAUGAAUUAGAACCUGUUCCAGAAACAUCUCCAGAACCUCAGCAUGACUUAGAACCUUGUCUAGAAACAUCUCCAGAACCUCAGCAUGACUUCGAACCUUAUUUAGAAACAUCUUCAGAACCUCAGCAUGACAUAGAACCUUGUCUACAAAUGUCUCCAGAUCCUCAGAAUGAUUUACAACCCGUUCCAGAAAAUUCUACAGAACCUCAACGUGACUUAGAACCUUGUCCUGACACCUCUUUAGAACCAUACCAUGACCUAGAACUAUCUCCAGAACCGUUAGCAGAGCAGUGCAGUGACGUAAAACCAUCUUCAGAACUGUAUCAUGACCUUGACCCAUUUUCCGAAGCAUCUCUAGAACUAUACAGUGCAGUGGAACAAUCUUCAGAACUGUUAAGAGAGCAGUGCAGUGAGCUAGAACUUUCUUCAGAACCAUACCAUGAUCUAGAACUAUCUCCAGAACCAUCUGCAGAACUGUGCAGUGAUCUAGAAACGCCCUCAGAACCGUACCAUGACUUUGAAACACUUCUGAAAGAAUUUCCUGAAGAGCACAAAGACCUGGAUCUAUCUCCAGAACCAUCUGCAGAACUGUGUAGCGAUCUAGAACCAUCCUCAGAACUGCACCCUGACUUUGAAACACUUCUGAAAAAAUCUCCAGAACAGCACAAAGACUUGGAUCUAUCUUCAGAACCAUCUGCAGAAACGCACAAUGACCUGGGUCUAUCUUUAGAACCAUCUGUAGAAGAGUGCAGUGACCUAGAACCAUCCACAGAACUACACCAUGACCUGGAACUGUGUAGUGACCAAGAGUCAUGUUUGGGACUACACCAUGAUCAUGAACCAUCUUUAGAACUGUGCCAUGACCUGGAACUAUGUCCAGAACCAUCAGCAGAACUGUGCCAUGAUCUAGAAUCAUUUCCAAAGUGUUCUCCAGAACCAGACGUAGAACGCAGAGCUUCACACACAUGAGGAAAUGGACUAAAUAGAUUGGACUGUGCUGAACGCUAAGAGCUGUAGUCAGUAGACUGAACCAGCUAUGGUCUAGAACUUCUGAUCUAGAGGUUCUGGAGGUUCUUAUGUCUCGUGUUUGACACAGAUUGCUCAUGGUACCUCCUCACUGUGCCAACAGACGUGAUCUCAGCCCUGGUGAGCCCAUGUACAGGACUGGGUAACUCAUGCCUUCUGAAAGCAGUGCUUUCUGCUGUCCUCAUCAUUAUAUACAUAUAUAUAAUAUAUAAUAUUUAUUUUUUUGCUUGUUCGUUUUUAAAUGACCUCCAUUUCUGUGGCAUGCACACACAGACGCCAGUCAUCUCCACUGUGAAUUAUUCACCAGCUACAGCAGCUGUAGACUUACGGAUAUAAAGAAUAUAUAUAUGGGUUUGGACAGUCCGAGCACUUUUGGAGAAUUGAAAUAAGCAGAAAUUAAGAAAAGCUGGUUUAGAUUUUAACCUUCCUGUUAUAUUGUGGGUCAAACUGACUUUUUUUUUACAUAAAAAAAAAAACAUAACGUAUUCGUAACCUUAUCUAGGCUUUAAACUGGUUAAAAAAAAGUCUACCUCUGAUUUUGCUAUUUAUAGGUAUACGUUUGAGUAAAAUUAACAUUGUUGUUUUAUUCUAUAAACUACGGACAACAUUUCUCCCAAAUUCUAAAUAAAAAUAUUGUUAUUUAGAGAAAAAAAAAGUUGCAUAGCUUUCAGACCUCCAAUAAUGCAAAGUAAACAAUUUCAUGGUCAUAUUUAAGUUUUAAGAGUUCAGAAAUCAAUAUUUGUUGGAAUAACCCUGUUUUUUAAUCACAGUUUUCAUGCAUCUUGGCAUCAUGUUCUCCUCCACCAGUCUUACACACUGCUUUUGGAUAACUUGAUGCCAUUUUUGCAAAGCAAAAAUUCAAGCAUUUCUUCUUGGUUUGAUGGAUUGUGAUCAUCCAUCUUCCUCUUAAGUACAUUCCAGAGGUUUUCAAUUUGGUAAAAUCAAAGAAACAUUUUUAAGUGGUCUCUUAUUUUGUUUCAGAGCUGUAUGUGACUUUUGUUUAAAGGGGUUUGGGUGGCCCUCUAUAGAAACAUCUCCAGAAUUUAGAACUUUGUCUAGAAACAACUCCAGAAACGUUACUCAGCUUGCAGCCCUGUCCAGAAACAACUCCAGAACUUUAACAUGACUUAAAAUCUUGUCUAGAAACAUCUCCAGAACUACACAAUGACUAAGAACCUUAUCUUAAAACAUCUCCACAACUGCACAACGACUUUGAACCAUCUUUAAAACAUCUAAAGAACCUAUAAUGACUAAGAAUCCUGUCCUGAAACAUAUUUAGAACCUUGUUCAGAAGUAAAAUCUCCAAAAUAUUUUACUAACCUAAAACUAUCUCCAAAACCACUGCAUGAACCAUACAUCUACAGAACCACACCAUAACUUAGAGCCCUGUUCAGAAAUAACUCCAGAACUGUACCACAAGUUAAAACCCUGUCCUAAAACAACUCCAGAACUGUACCAUGAGUUAUAACCCUGUCCUAAAACAACUCCAGAACUGUACCAUUAGUUAGAGCCCUGUCCUAAAACAACUCCAGAACUGUACCACGAGUUAAAACCCUGUCCUAAAACAACUCCAGAACUGUACCAUGAGUUAGAACCCUGUCCUAAAACUCUAGAACUUCAACAUUACUUAGAAUCCUGUCCGGAAACAUCUAAAGAAUUUAUAAUCACUUAGAAUCCUGCCCUGUCACAUAUUUAGAAUUGCACAAUGACUUAGAACCUUGUUUAGAAGUAAAAUCUCCAGAAUCUUUUACUAACCUACAACAGAACCACUGCGAGAACUGUGCAGUGACCUAGAAUUGUCUUUUAAACAGUAUCAUGACCUUGACCACACCCAACAAAUUGACUGUGUUUCAAAAUUCAUAAUCCUGAAAACCUAAAACUGUAAUCAUAACCUUAUUUGGGUGUAAAACGGCUUUUAAGUCUACCUCAGUUGUUAUAUACGUGACUUUUGUUUAAAGGGCUUUGGGAGGCAAACAUAUGAGACAAAUUAGUAGAAGUUUCAGUAACAAGUAAGUAGACUGCAGACGCUGUUAAAUUAGCGUUUUUUUAUUGACACGCCACCUUAAAAAAUUCUGAAAUUGCUAAUUUUCCACUGGUAAAUAUGAGUUUGUGGUGCCAUUCAUGUGCACUCAUCUUGUAAUAAUGAUAUUUGGUCUGAACAGUUCUUACUCCUAAACUAAAAGCAGCACUUCACGUGAAGUUUCGGUUUCAUCAUGUUGCAGUUUCAGUUUAUUUAUAUGAAUAAAAAAAUGUAUAACUAUUUACAAUAUGUCUACACUAAUAAACAAUGUUAAAUGGUUAUGUAAUGGAUCAACUAACUAUUAAUUGGCACUAAGGCAGUAUUAAUGAUCAUUAAACUUUAAUGCUUAAAAGUACUAAAAAUCAUGUUAAUUAAUAAUAAACUUUGAUAUUAAUUUAAUGUGGUAAUGAUUAAUAAUGUCCUAACUACUAAAAGUGCCCAAACACAACAGAUUACAAAUUUCCUCACUAAAUAUCAGCGAUUUCCACAUUUAUAGGACGAUAUUCUAGACAUUUGAAGGGCAUUUAAAUCCCACGUUCAGCCGUUUCCGUUGUUUUGAACUGAUGAAUCUUUGACUAAUCGACUAAUUGAAAAAGUAAUCGGCAGAUAAGUCAACCACCAAAAUAAUAAUUAGUCACAGUCCUAUUUUUAACACGUGUCAGAUUGACUUACAGUUCAACAUAACAUAACAAGAGGGUUAAAGACAAGAGGGUUAAAAUAUUACAUUAUUAAUUUAAAAUAAUGUUUUGUUGUUGUUGUUUUUUUCUUUUUAAGUUUACUGUUCUUCUGGCCUGCAGUCUAGAUCAGUCAGUCUUUUUAAAGGCAGCUUUUCUCGUGGGUGCUGCGUUCAUCAUGUCUUUAGUUGUGUUUUGUUUGGGGUUUACUUCCUCUAGUUUACAUUUGCAUAAGCAACUUGCUGGUGUGUGUUCUGUAUCUGUGUGUUUGGUUUAGUUUGCUGUAGGGAUGAGCGGGGAGGGAGGCGGUGGCGUCUGUACUGUCCGAUACUGAUGUUUACACACUGAUAAGGAUGCAAAUCGACGAAGCAGUUCAGUAGCACUGCUGUGAAAACAAAUUCAACAAACGUUAAAGAGGACAUCCUGGUUAGAUACGAGAAAACAGCAGGACCCUUUAUUAAUAAUAUCUGAUCUGUCCAAUCAGCACGCACCAAUACUGGAAUACAACCAUAGCUAUGUUAAACUGACGUUAUACAUUUACACCAAUCAAGCAUAACAUUAUCCUUCAUCCAUUAUUUGUAGUUCUAUAAUAAUAAGUGCAGACUCUAGUACUGUAUCUGUUUCUCUGUAUAUUUCAUUAUUAUCCUCAUUUCACCUUGUUCUUCAAUACUCAGAACCCCACAGGAUAGCACGUUCUCAGUACUGCAGUGGCACUGAUUAGCAUGGUGGUGGUAGAACCAACCUAGAACCUUUUCCUAAAGCAUCUCUACAGCUGUACAAUGAUCUUGAACCAUUUUGUAACCAGUUACCUAGACUUUAACUGUUUAAGGUCGUAAUAAAUUAAUAAUAAUUUCAGCACUGGAGCUGUGACGCUAAUCUACUAUGGUCUAGAACCGCAUGCAUCUAUAGAACUGUAUUGUGACCCAGAAUUAUGCUCAUAAACAUUUUAGAACUCUCCAAAACCACUUACAGAACUGCUUACUGACAUGCAUCCAUUUUUAUGAGUAGAAACAUCUCUAGGAACAUCAAGAGAGCUUAGAAAUGUCCUAAUAACAUGUUCAGAACUGUACCACAACCUAGAACCAUCUCUAGAGCUGUGCAGUGACUUAUAAUUAGCUCCAGAACCAUUAAAAGAACUGUGCAGUGAUCUUGAACCAUCUUAAUGACCUAGAACCAUUCAGAGGAAUCUUUAGAAAUGCACAAUUACCUAGACUUUAGCUGUAUAAGGUCUUAAUAUGGAUUCUUUAGUUCAGCUGUAGAGCUGUGAGGCUAUUAUACUAUAGUCUAGAACGACAUACAACUUUAGAACUGUACUUACUGUACUAAAACCCAGAAUAAUGCUCAUUUCAUAACUCUUUAGGACCACUAAACUGCAUAGUGCCGUAAAACGACCAUGACUUAGAGCUAUCUCUAGAACCAAUAACAUAGCUUAGAAAUGAUCUCUAGAGCAAUUGAGAACCAUCUUCAUGACCUAGAACAUAAAAACAUCUGUAGCGCUGCCUAAAAUACACCACAGGUUUGAAUUAUUUCUAAAACUAGUGUGUGUUGUUCUGGUACGAGUAGUUUAGACAGUGCAGCAGUGCUACUGGAGUUUUUAAACAUAUACAAAGAAACAGAUACAGGACUCCAGUCUGCAAUUAUUCUAGACCUACAAACUAUCCUAUAUAUGAUCUGUGGAGCUGAUAAGAUGGAUAAUGUAUGUAGAAACAAGAAGGUGGUCAUAAUGUUAUGCUUGAUCUGUGCAUGUGGUCUGUCUGAUCAGCCUGCAUCGUGAUAUUACACUGAUAUUGUACGUUUAUAUUCUGGUAGUCUGUAGUUAUGGUUAUAUUUAUAGCUCUCUUGUUUUGGUCCCUUCGGAACAAAGGCAUUAAUGGGAGUUUUAACAAUGUCCCCAACCAACUGCUAAAAAAAGAUGGCUGGCACGUCUUAUAUAACCCCUUUGUGGGCCUUUAUUAUUAGAUCUGAUCUGUCUGCCUGCGUAAGGAGACAGACAGCUUUAGCACAACGUCACCUCUGUGAAACUAAACGGGGUUCGGGAGUUAAACGGCCGUUUAUCUCCUUCACUGGAUUGGUUUUGUUUGUUUGUUUGUUUGCUUGUUUUUUGUUUGUUGCUGUUUACUUGACCUUUGCCAGACAGUGUUAUUGUACUGAGAUGUUGGGGAGUUUAUUAUGUUUAUGAUAAUGUUUCGAAUGGCUUGGCAAAAAAAAAAAAAAAAUCUAAUAUAAAAUCAAAUUUUUACAUUUUCCAACCUUUUCCCAGAUAUAGUCACUCAACCAAGACCUGUUUACUGUGGUCGAGAACCACAUACAUCUUUAGAACUGUACUAUAACUCAGAAACUCACCUAUGCUCAGAAAAAAUUCAGAACUCUCCAGAACCUCAGAAAGAUAUGGAUAGUGACAUACAACCACCACAAUCUAAAAGUCUCUAGAACCAUCAAUUUAGAGCUUAGAAAUGAUUCUAUAACAUGUUCAGAACUGCAUCACAACCUAAAACCAUUGAAAGAACAGUCUUGAGAAGAAUAUCUGACAUAGAUUCAUCUCCAAAUCCAUCUACAAAGUUGUUCAUUGACAUAUAUACCUCUUUGGAACGGUACAGUGACUUAGAACUGUCUCCACAAUCAUUAAAAGAUCUGUGCAGUAAACUAGAACCAUCUUCAUGACCUAGAACCAUUUCCUAAAGAAUCUUUAGAAUCUUUAGAAUCUUAGAAUUUAUCUGUUUGAGGUCUUAAUAUGGUUUCUUUAGUUUAGCACUGGAGCGUACAUCUUUAGAACGAUAUAUAUAACCCAGAAUUAACCCAGAAUUAUUAUUAUAAUUCAUAACUCACCUUAGCAGUAAUGAGGAGAAAGAUCACCAAUUGUGCUCUCGCAGGGCUCUGGCAGCCAGUGGCAAGCUGCAUGACCAGGAUUUGAACCAGCAAUCUCCCAAUCAUAGUGGCAGCACCUUUUCCUUCCUAAAACAUAUUGAAACUAUAUCCAUGACCUAGAACCACUGAAAAGAAAUCUCUAGAAAGUCAUAAUUAUCUAGAAUUAGCUCUAAAACCAUUAGCUUAGCCAUGUAGUGACCUAGAAACUGACUAGAAUAAUUUAUAAAACUAUGUCAAGAAUUGCUAAAUGACUAAGGCGUAUCUCCAGAACCAUCAGCAGUGUUUUAAGAAGUGUGCAGUGUUUUAAAACGGGUCAGCUUUUGUUCUUUCAAGGCAUAUUUAACACCAAAAUAUGUUUGGAGCUAAGAAGCUAAUGUGGUAUUUUGUUAGCAAUGUUAGCCACAUCCACACUAAACCUAACGAAACACUGAAUACAGAGUGUAUGUUUGGCUAAAUCUGGAUUAAGAGGGUAAUUGUGUAUGUAAUUGUGUGUAUAUUUUGAUUUUUUUUUUUUUAAACCAAGCCAUUCCUGUAAAACACAGCCUUUAAGUCUUGUGUUAGCUGUGUGCUAAUGUGUUACUGUGGGUAACUUUUCAUCCUCUGCUGGAUAAGUGCAUUUGUUUCUGAUUGUUGUUUUCUUCCAUUCAGAAUGGAUGGACAUUUCAGAGUCUGUUUUUGACCUCUGUAAACAUGGUAGUAGUUCUCGAUCCAGCUGAGCUGCAGAUGUUGGAGUAUUAAUGAGCUGGUGGUCGUCAGGCAGGGUGAUCAUGCAGUGUGCAUUAGCAUUAGCGAGUGUCCCGAUAUUAAUGGCAUUUUAUUGGGCGCUUUUCUCCAGUGGGUUAGAGCACAAAUUUGCACUGAAUGUUUGCUUUUGGACGAGCUGCCUUCUCUGUGAUUAACGGCUACUGUGUGUAUGGUUCCUCAUGUCCAUACAUUGUUGGAUGUAAAUAAUUAUUUUAUUAUAUUUAUGUAUUUUACAGUCAUGAAGAGACUGGAUUAAUAUACUGGUUCCAGAA